AUGAUAUACACAGUGMUCUUCGGGAUUCCUGUUUCUGAUUCAGUUGAGCCUGUCAGGCCUGUUGGGAUUGAUCCUUGUCAAAGUUUGUCGCUUAUGAUGUUUUAUCACCGAACUUUGUUCAUUUUCAUUGCUCUUUUAUUGAUCGGACUAUCAAGACACGAGGACAAUAACGAUACUCUCUCACCUGAGCAACCAGUCUUGGCUAACAACCUUAAGCCCUAUUACUACAUGGACAAAGGAGAAGUUAUCAAGUUAUGGGUGCAAAUAAUCCACGACCCUUGGCAAGACAACAGGCUAAUUGCAGGAGUAAGCAAUUCAUCUGUCCUUUCAUUCAAUUUGACAAGCCACAAACAAAUAACUGAUUUUGCAGGAGUUAUYAAAAGAAAUGUGACUGCUACUCUAUUCCAACAUCCUAGCCAUGCUUUCAAACUUCUUGAAAAUMGAGCUAACUUUUCUGGGGAAAUCGAAUUUCACGUCAAAGCAUUUCCUUUGAACAGGAAUCGUACCGUGUCUACAAAGAUUACGCUGGGAUGCCCGAAUAAUCGGCAUUUGAGAAUAGAUGGACAAACUUUCAAAAGCUGUGAACAGUACAAGAACUUCAACUAUACCAUUUCAAGUACUCAGCUCCCCAAGGAAGAAAAUUCCAAGGUUGUCCAAUACGAUGUGAGCUCGCUUGGUUGUCCUAUUCCAUCAAGAUUAACAAGUAAAUUCAAACCAACAAUUUUCCUAUAUGAUGGUAACGAGAUGGUUAAAGAAUUGACUACGAAUUUCGUCAUGUGGGAGAAAAAUGGAAGAAACUCUUAUCACUACAGUCACACUAUGAAACAGGUUGGRUGUUUAAGAGUUUCCCAGUCRUGGGAUGACAUGAUCAGUGGAGACAAUGMAGAAGAUGCAUGGACUCAAGAGAAUUUUGAAAGUUGUUAUGAGAAAAGUAAUGAYACAAGAGGUUUGAAUAAGCCAUAUGAAAUCCUGAACAGCACUGGGGGUUCAUCACUGGUAUGGCAUGAUAAAGGAAUCUAUGCAUUUAAACUGAGAGUUGUUGAUCCAAACACCAGCUUUUGUGACCUGACAGCAGAGUUUGCUGUAAUAGUUGCAGACACAGGAGAGCCAGACAAUGUCAUCCCCACAUUUGUUGUUCUCAGUUCAUCCUGCCUGGGAAUMUUGUUUGGUUGUAUUGCAUCAUUUUACAUUGAUUCAUUCUGCUUCUAAUAAACCUUGUGAGAGCUGCAAAAACACAAAAUAAUUUAACAAAURCUAUAAUCAUUAAACUAGUAUGAGCAAUGUCAGUGUUUCUAGACUGUAUUGACAUUAUUACCAAAUUUCAGUUUCCUGACUYCUUCUUUGCUGCGUWUUUAUGUUGACAAUUCUUUUGGUUAAUAUACAAAUGAAGAGCUGCUUUUGCUGACAGUGCUAGUGAAUCUAAAAAUUUUGCUGCUUCACCCGAGGGAGUGUUUUGUUGUAUCUCCUGCAAGUAAAUUACAAAGGUUAUUACAAUUCUCAUCUAUUAUUAACGUUCAGUUUAUCAUUAAGUGUGUGAAAUAUUUGAUACUUACAGACAUUUUAAUAAAAGCUAUUUCAGUGGAUUCAUAUGCUUCUGGUC